AUGGCCAACGUUCCUUCACCCCUCGCUCCACCAUUACCUUCGAGAGCCAGCAAUGGUGGUGACCAGGCUUUCGCUACUACUCCAUUUACCAACCAAGAAACAAACUUAACUAGGAAAAUCCACGAUAUCGACGAGCCGUUUCCUGACCCAUCGCAACUUUUGUCAGAACGGUUAGACAAUUGGUUGCAUUGCGUGAACAUCUUAUACGAAUAUGUCGAUACUUAUACCACGUUGACCAAGAAACAAAUUCAAGGGUAUGAGAAAAUUAAAAAAUCCAUCUCGACUUUACCCCGGUUCACCAGAUACGAAGGGCAUUUGGGAGGGGUGGUUGAUGGUUCUGGUACUGGGGCUCCAACUUUAGGAAGAACGACCGGCAGCACCGGCAGCGAGCCAGAAGGAGGGAGUAUCUACGUUCCUAAAGGUGGUAAUCGGCUCAUUGGAGGUACUAGGACCAAUACCAUGGGGAGUAGUGAGAUUGUAUUGGAUGCCUUAAAUGGUUCACUGACCGCCCACCUGGCCAAAGAAGUAGAAGUGACGGCGGCAGCCCACGAUGCGUUGCCUAGUUAUUCUGAUUCCGGGAGUGUUCCUGAUUCGUCUGCCCAGCAGAAAAUCAUUGAGAAUAACGAGUUUGCCCCGCAUAAUCGAGGGAUUGAUGGAUUAUUCGAGAUGUUGAGGGUGAAAAACGACAUGAAUUUGACAUCGUUGCAAAAUUUGGAUCAACAGGUGAAAGAACAAAUUUUACCGGUGUUCAAGGAAUUAAUUGGCGAAGUAUCCAAUUAUAAAAAAAAAUUCAAUAGUACCAUUGAGAAGAACAAUAAAACUUUAAAAAAAAUCGACAAAUCCAAAAAAAAAUUGGUGGGUGAAUUGGAAAACUCGAUCAGACAAUACAAUGAAAACGCCUCGGCUCCUCUUAAGUCAUCUACGGGGAUCUUGCCUGCGGAUAAUAUCAAUUAUGAUAAAGAUCCGUUCUUGAUGAAGAAAUUGUUCUUCAAGAAUUUGAAUGAACAAUUUACCAUGGAAAACACGCUCAUUGAACAAAUGAUCACUUUGAAAGAAGAGAUUUUUGGAUUGGAGAUCAAAAUCGUCGAUACCAUAAAGAAAUUAAUUGUGUUAUUCAACAAUUUCCAAAUCAACAGUUGUGAAGAAAUGAUAAAUAAUCUCCUGAUCAUUAACCAAGAAUUUUCUUUGCUCGAUGACAAGUUUGAAAUAUCCAAGUUUUUAUCCAGCAACGUGGAAACCGGGGCCAAAAGCAGCAAACAAGAAAUUGAGCAGAAAGACGAAAUGUUGCUAUUAUUAUCCAGUAAAUUGCCUACCGAUAGUAAGUUGGUGCAGAUGAAUUUGAAAAGAGAUAUAAAGUACAUUAAAGUAGACGAUCGCAAACUUCUUGGUACCAUUAAUCAUGAUUCGACAAUCCCGAUCCUCAAAGAGUUGAUCACCUACCAAGAGAUUAGAAAAUUGUCACUUAAGGAUCGAAUCCAGAAAGAUCAUAUGAAGAAUGAUUAUUUUGCCUUGACCAAGUUGAAGUAUUUAUUUGUCUUUGGCACGGAAAAUGAUAUCAAUAGCAAUAAUGGCAACGAAAAAUCUCAUGACACGGUUGUUGAUGUUGAUGUCAGUGAUAAAUUGUUGACUGCUGUGGAUAAAGAUAUUUUGAAAGGCGAGUUGGAGCCAUCGUUGGUAUUUUAUUUACCAAAAUGCUCGGUUAUCGAGGAUAUUGACAGUGAUGAGGAUAAUGACUCGGCCAGUUCGUCGUCUUCCAAUAAUACUAAUUCCGGAGGUCUUUCUCGUUCAAAGACUUUGAAAUCAAGAUUUGGCAGCAUCAAGCGGAAAUUGAAAUCUGAAAAACCGUUGAAACCUAAUGAAUACCAAAUCAAAUUUGUUGGUAUUGAUCUUAACCACCGGCUUUUGAAUAAAUUCAGUAAAAGUGCCCAUAAACGGACCAUUGUGAUGAAGUUCUCCACCAAAGACCAAUAUCAAGUUUGGAACAGUUUGAUUCGAGAAAUGAGUGGUGAUUUGCAAGAAUUGGCAGAGGAUUUUGAUGAGAGGUUGGAUAUUGGGGCUGUCACUAGUAGCAGAGGUAGUACUCCACCAGCGCAAAGUGGAUUGCCAGUUGCCGCCGAGGAGGCUACUAUUAAAGAGCCUAGCAAACAAGAAGACAGAGCGUUGUCUCAAGAUGAUGAUGAAGAAGAAGAAGCAAAGGACAUUAUUUCAAACCACUUGAAUGAAAGUUUCACACAGAAUACUAUUGAGUCAAAGGCUACAGCCAACAAGAGGGCGGAGACUGUGAUGAGCAGUGAACAUCCUAGUGAUGAGGAUUUUAGUGAUGCGGGAGCAGAUAGUAUUUUUGAGUUAAGAGAAGCAAUCAAGAAGGACAAAGAAAAAGAAGGCGGGAGCGCAAAAGAAGGCGCGACGUUUGUCGAAGACUCUCAGAUACAGUAG